AUGGCUCAUCAUCAUUUAGCUGGAACAGGUGAUAAUAUGGAUGAUGAAACAGCAGCAAAGUGGGGGGUGAUUGAUCGACUGACAACCCGUAAACGGCUGAGAUCAUCCCUGUUUGAUGAUGGUCAGCAGCAGCUUGACGGAAAUAAUGGCGACAAUAACAAACGGGUGAUUGAUGUCACAAAACUUGGUGCUUUGGAAAGGCAUGUGUUCAUUGAGAAGCUCAUUCAGCGAGUUGAGCUUGAUAAUCUUCACUUGUUACAAAAGAUUAGGACAAGAAUUGACAAAGUUGGCAUAGAAUUACCCUCGAUUGAAGUGAGAUAUGAUAAUCUGCAUAUUCAAACCGAGUGCCAAGUUGUUAGGGGGAAAGCUCUUCCCACUCUUUGGAAUUCCUUCAAAAGUGUGUUCCCGGACAUUGGAAGGAUUCCAGGUUUUAAGUCACGAUUAUCCAAGAUCACUAUCAUCAAUGGUGUCAGUGGUAUCAUCAAGCCCGGAAGAAUGACCCUGCUGCUAGGACCUCCAGGAUGUGGGAAAACUACCCUAUUGAGAGCUCUUUCGGGAAAUCUUAGCAAAUCGCUCGAGGUAUCUGGUGAUAUUAGUUAUAAUGGAUAUGAAUUAACAGAAUUUGUACCUCAAAAGACGUCUGCUUACAUAAGCCAAUAUGACUUGCACAUUGGUGAAAUGACUGUCAGGGAAACACUUGAUUUUUCUCUAUGCUGUCAAGGUGUUGGGAGCAGGGCAGAGCUAAUUCGACGGGAAAAAGAAGCUGGUGUUCACCCUGAUCCAGAUGUAGAUGUGUAUAUGAAGGCAACUUCUGUUGAAGGACAAAAAACAACACUUCAAACGGACUACAUUUUAAGAAUACUUGGACUUGAUACUUGUGCCGACACACUUGUUGGAGAUGUGAUGAGUAGAGGUAUCUCUGGUGGUGAGAAAAGGAGAUUGACUACUGGUGAAAUGAUUGUAGGUCCAACAAGAGCUUUGUUUAUGGAUGAAAUAUCAAAUGGACUAGAUAGUGCAACAACAUAUCAAAUUGUUGCUUUCCUCCAGCAACUAUCACAUAUCACAGAUGCUACCAUACUUGUUUCUCUUCUUCAACCUGCUCCUGAAACAUUUGAUCUGUUUGAUGAUGUCAUCUUGAUGGGAGAAGGAAAGGUUGUCUACCAUGGACCACGAAGCCAAGUCUUGGAAUUUUUUGAAAGUUGUGGAUUCAGAUGUCCCGAAAGAAAAGGAAUUCCAGACUUCCUGCAGGAGGUAAUAUCUAGAAAGGAUCAAGCACAAUACUGGCAUUCUAAUGAAGAUUCAUACAGGCAUAUUUCAAUUGAUGCGUUUUCAAGAAAAUAUAGAGAAUCUUCUCACGGAAAGAAGAUUCUCGACGAACUUUCAUCACCAUUUCCAAAGUCCAAGAGCCACAAAGAUGCUGUUACGUUUACAACUUAUUCAUUUUCGAAGUGGGAACUUCUUAAGACCUGCUCAUCAAGGGAAUUCCUCAUUAUGAAAAGGAAUUCGUUUACUUACAUUUUUAAGUCAGUUCAGAUUGCUUUCAAUGCACUUGUCGUGAUGACUUUGUUUCUGCGAACAAUGAUGAAAGUCGAUCUUCUUCAUGCAAAUUAUUAUAUGGGAGCUCUAUUCUAUGCAGUUACUGUCAUUGUCAUUAAUGGAUUCCCAGAAAUUCCCCUCACUGUUGCAAGACUUCCAAUCUUUUACAAACACAGAGAUUUGUCUUUCUACCCAACUUGGGUUUACGUGAUUCCAUCGGCCAUUCUAAAGAUUCCACACUCAUUGUUGGAAGCAGCAAUAUUUACAUGCUUGACUUAUUAUGUUAGUGAAUUAACUAACACACUAAGUGUAAUACUUCCCAGGUUCUUUGGCCAAUUGGUGAUUUUGUUCCUUGUGCACCUGGCAUCUACAUCUAUGUACCGUUUUAUUGCCUCUUUAUGCCGGAAUGUGAUAGUUGGCACAGCCGCUGGAAGCUUAUUUGUUGUAUACAACUUCCUAUUCAGUGGCUUCUUAAUUCCAAGAACUUCCAUUCCCGACUGGUUAAAAUGGGGAUUUUGGGCUUGUCCAAGCACAUAUGGUGAAAUUGCCAUUAAUGUAAAUGAAUUUCUCGCUCCAAGAUGGAAAAAGAUGCUUCCAUCAAAUAUCACGACUGGACAAGAAAUACUAAGUGUUCGGGGUUUGAAGUUCGAUGAAGACUUUUUCUGGAUUUCAUUAGGUGCUUUACUAGGCUUCACUUUACUUUUCAAUAUCGGGUGGACCUUGGCCUUGAGUUUUUUGCAUUCUACCCGUUCUCGUCCUAUUAUUUCUUGGGAGACAUUCUCUCAACUAAAUAAAAGCAUUGAGCUAGAUGGGUUUAAACAAGCAGAGAAGCAAUCACGGAGUUCAUCUGUUUGCAUUGUUCCUGGAUCCCCAGAAACGGGAAGCAUGGUCUUACCUUUCGUUCCCUUAGCUGUAGUGUUUCGAAAUUUGCAGUACUAUGUUGAUACACCUUUGUUAUUGCUAUUGAAAUCUGGUGGAAGAAUGAUCUACUGUGGACCAUUGGGUCUACACUCCAACAACAUCAUAAAGUACUUUGAGGUCCAAUUUCAGAAUUAG